AUGGCCGGGCCUUUGGGUGUCACCCAUCUGAUUCUCUUCUCGAAAUCCAAGACAGGGAAUACGAACAUGCGAAUCGCACUUCAUCCUCGUGGACCGACAUUGCACUUCAGAGUUGAGAGUUAUUCCCUUUGCAAGGACGUUGAAAAGGCGUUGAGACAUCCCAGAGGCGGUGGACAGGACCACAGAACGCCCCCUCUCUUGGUGAUGAACAACUUCAACUCGCCCAAUGCAGAUGAAAAUUCCAAAGUUCCCAAACGUCUUGAAUCUCUCACCACAACGGUCUUCCAAUCACUAUUCCCGCCGAUCUCUCCACAAACUACACCUCUCUCUUCUAUUCGCCGUGUGAUGCUUGUGAAUAGAGAACUCCCGCCAGAUGGCUCCGGAAAUGAUUCGUACAUUUUAAAUCUCAGACACUACGCCAUUACCACAAGGAAAACCGGCAUACCCAAACGAAUCAGGCGGCUCGAUGCAGCGGAGCUGCGCCACAAGGAUAAGAAAAAGCACAUACCGAACCUUGGGAAGCUGGAAGAUGUCGCAGACUAUUUACUCGAUCCUAGCGCCGGCUACUUCUCGGCUAGUGAAACUGAACUGGAUACCGACGCAGAAGUGGAAGUCGCCGAGAGUACUACGAAGAAGGUCCUGAAUAGGCGGGAACUGCAACGGUUGAAAGCAGGCGAGAAAAAACCAGAAAAGCUAACCGAAAAGCCGAAUGUUGAAAAGAGAGCUGUGAAGCUGGUGGAGCUAGGUCCCCGCAUGAAGUUGAAGUUGAUAAAAGUCGAGGAAGGUCUAUGUGGCGGAAGAGUUAUGUGGCACGAUUUCGUUUCGAAGACGGAGAAAGAGGUCAAGGAGCUGGAUGAAACCUGGGAGCGGAGACGGAAGGAAAAGGAAGAACGGAAGAAACGACAGAAAGAGAACAUUGAGAGAAAGAAACAGGAGAAAGCAAAGGCCAAAGCUAGCGGCCAGGGUGCCGAGGGCUCCGAGGACGAGGAUGAGAGUAUGGAUGACGCAUGGGAGGACAGCGACGAGUUUGAUGAGGAAGCCGAUGUUGAACAGGAAAUGGACGACGACAAUGACGAGUCCAUGGAAGAAUGA